AUGCCGUCCGGUGACAUUUUUGCGGAGCCCAUCGCUACGGUGGCCCCUCCUGGCUCUAUUCCGGUCCGCAACGACCACCCUGUCCCGAGGAAGGGUAUCACAUCGAGCUCACCGCUUCAAACAAACAAGUUUUACUCCAACUUCUUCCUGGGAGACCAGACGGCGCCGACGUAUACCUACCCUUACGGCAUAGCAUGGGGGGCAGGACGAGGGGCCGCUGCCAGCUUCGGCAUGACUAUCUCCCACAUCGAGGCGAAUCAGCGUGUCUUUGGGCCUACUAAGGCUUCUGGCGCUGCGGCCUAUUUCAUCAACCCGGUAGGUAUUCAAUCCAUGGUCAUCAGCGCCCAGGAGCUUGGCUCGGACACCGCCGUGGGAAUCGACAGCAUCACGGCCUUCUCUGCAACGAUUCACUUGAAGCCAAAUGCCCAAGCUGUGCCUGCGGUUUCCUUCCCCCUUGUCCAAGGAAUGCCCUUCAUCACCGCCCAAUACGCCGGAGGGACCCCUGUUAUCCGGACGGGAGUGUUCUUCAAGACGGUCACACGAGUGACACAGGACCCCAAGCCGGGCGUUGCCAAAUACACCUUCCAGCUUGAAGACGGCAAGAUCUGGCGGCUGUAUGCAUAUGCAACCACUGGACCACAGCUUAACUUGCAGGUUGUCAACAAUGGAGUCGCUCAAUCAACGCAGCCCUUCUAUGGCAUCGUCCAGGUCGCCAAGGAUCCCGGAAACGGCGAGGCCUUGCUUGACCAGGCUGCUGGUGUCUAUCCCACGACGGUGGAGUUGACUGGCUCCGUGAGCGGUACUACGGGCUCAUACAGCUUCAAGUUUGCCAAGGACGGUCACCCGGAGGGAAAGCUGGUCAUGUAUGCGCUGCCUCAUCACGUCUCCUCGUUUGAUACCACGACAAGAAGCGCCGUUCAGCCGGUGCAGCUCAUGACCCCUACUAAGGGAAUCGCGACUGCGGUCUUGGCUGACCAGUGGACGAUGACUGAGGCGAAUAUGCCCAUCAACAUGAACUUUGCUCCGUGGAGUCCUGAACAAGGCAGCCUGACAACACUGUCUGACAACGCACGGGUCGUGAUCCGCGGGAUAGCAGCCCAGGAGGUGUCCCAAGACAUGACGGCCCAGUCCGACUUGGACUCAAUGUAUUUUAGCGGAAAGGCUCUCGCCAAGUUUGCCUUGCUGAUUGUUGUGAUCAAUGACAUUCUGCAAGACCCAGCCUUGGCACAGUCGGGUCUAAACAGACUCAAGACAGCUUUUGCAAAGUUUGCUUCUAACCAGCAGAAAUUUCCAUUGACGUAUGAGACUGCUUGGGGAGGUGUCGUGUCUUCAGCAACCUACGUGACGGGCAACGACGGCGCCGACUUUGGCAACACGCAAUACAACGACCACCACUUCCACUACGGCUACCACAUUCUAGCCGCCGCUGCCAUUGCCCACCUGGAUCCAGGUUGGUUGACCGAGAACAAAGACUACGUGAACGCUCUGGUACGCGAUGUUGCCAACCCCAGCACCAAGGACACUUACUUCCCUACAUGGCGUGCCUUCGACUGGUACCAUGGCCACAGCUGGGCGCAUGGCCUGUACGCCUCGUACGAUGGAAAGGACCAAGAAUCAAGCUCAGAGGACAUGAUGCACGCAUACGCUCUCAAGAUGUGGGGAGACGCCUCGGGAGACGCCAUGCUCUCGAUGCGAAGCAACCUGCAGCUCUCCAUCAUCGCUCGCGCACUCCAGGACUACUACCUCUACAAGAGCGACAACGCCGUGCAGCCACCCCAGUUUAUCGGAAACAAGGUGGCCGGCAUCCUCUUCGAGAACAAGAUUGACCACACGACCUACUUCGGCGCUAAUAUCGAGUUCAUCCAAGGCAUCCACAUGAUCCCCCUCCUCCCACCCUCGCCCUUCGUCCGCACGCCCGACUUUGUGCGCGAAGAGUGGGACGUAUACUUUAGUGGAGGUCGCGUCGAUAGCAUCGCGGGCGGCUGGAGGGGUAUCAUAUACGGAAACCUUGCGACCAUUGACGGUAGGACCGCGUGGGACUUCUUCAACAGCUCCAACUUCGAUCCUAGCUGGAUCGACGGCGGUGCGAGCUUGACGUGGUACUUGACGUAUGCUGCCUUGAUGGGUAACGUCUGA